CGCGCCAAACAGCGUUUAGUCCCGAAGAAGCUGUGCGUGUGGAGCGAUCGAACCUUUUGCCACAUUCCCGGUGUGUUGUUUUCCGUGCGUUUAGCGUGGCGUAGCGACGAGCGUUUUUCCGCGGCAAAUUUUCCCCCCGGUUGCAUAGGAAAACGGCGCUCCCGUGAUAUAAGGAACCAACGUGACGGAAGAUUUUUGUACCUUUUGGUUACCUUUUUUCUUGUGGUUUUUGUGGAAAAUGUGAUACCGUGCUUGUCAAGUGCAGCUCGAAACAAUUUGAUGCGAAAUUCGGGUUUUACAAAAGUAAAGGAAUAAUUUCCCUGAAGCUAGCACCCGCACACGUGCGUGCUUGUUGAGGCGUAAAUGAUAUUCCGCUUCCUCUGCUGCUAGUCGUUAUCGAUCGCGUGGCAACUAUAAGGUAGGAUAAAGGAUAAAAGAAACAACAUCAACAAGGAAUGCUAACCCGUCUCGUGUGUGUGCAGGAUAUUGGUGUCCAUAAAGGCAAUUGUGAAGGCGAAUAAAUCACCGCCAAGCUUUUCCGCCUUUCGGGCAUUCGGUUUUAUCGGUGGUAAAGAUGUUUUACUUUGCUGGUGCGAUGAUUAUGUGAGUGUUUGCGCUGUGCUGUUGUGUAUGUGUCCGUCUCCGAACAAAGCUAGUUAACGCUGCCCCAAAAAAAAGGAAAGUGUGUGUCUGUGUAUGUGCGCCCACUCUGUAGAAAAGUGUGUGAAACAAGUGAACGAGUUGGCUGGGAAGAACUCUAACCUCUAGUCUCGAAUCGAAUCGAAGGAUACCCAAUACUAAGGAUAGCACCGCGGAGAGCUUGUGGUUUCCAGUGUCGCAGGAGAUCGCGCCCAGCUGUACCAGGAAACCGAGACACGGCUGACAUUUAAACUCAAUUAGAACGAAACUUUCAUCAGUACGCACGACUGCUAGAAGGAACCACAUCAUGAAGACGAUAAGCACAGACCGAACCCUGACAGGGUUAAUGCUGGUGCUGCUGGCAACACUGCCCUGCACGAUCGUCGCCCGCAGCUACGAAAAACCAACCAACCUACGGAAAGGCAAAUCGGCACAGAUCAUAUCGUCCGCACCGACGAUCACGACCCCGAUCAUGGAGCUCUGCUCGGAGGACAUCAACAUGAAGCUUGCCUGCCACUGCACGCCAGAAAGCAAUGCCAAAGCGCAGAAAGCAUCCUGCUCCAUCUUCGACGGGGAGCUACCGCGCAAGGAUAACAAUUGGCUCGCGUUUCACACACAAACCGAGCUGGAACACCUGAAGUUUACCGUGCGCAAAUCGGGCAACCUCACGUACAUCCCGUCGGACGUGAUCGCCACCCUGUACAAGCUGCGCACGCUCACGAUCGAGUACGGCAUCAUCAGCGACAUCUACCCGUUCGCGUUCGGCAAUCUGACCGAGCUGCGCGUACUCAAUCUGCCGAACAAUCAGAUCGUCACGCUGCACAAUAAUGCCUUCGCUUACCACAAAUCGCUCGAGGAGCUGAUGCUGGAGAACAACUACAUCAAGAAGAUUGACCGCGAUGCGUUCGUGGAUGUGCCGAAGCUGAUCAAGCUGAAUCUGGCGAACAACAGUAUCUUCAACCUGCACGACAACGGAUUCGAGGAGCUGACCAAGCUGGAAGAGUUACGGCUCGAGUCGAACCAGAUCGCGGUGCUGGCACGCGAGUACUUCAAGGGGCUGGAGAAUCUGAAAAUCUUGAAGCUUUCGUACAACGAUGUGGAAUAUCUCGGCGCGUUCGUGUUUGCCGAUCUGUGGAGCCUGCAGAUGCUCUUCCUGGACAGCAAUCGGAUUGAGAAAAUCGAUGAGCGUGCCUUUGACGGACUGACUAGCCUGAACUAUCUGCACCUGGAAAACAAUCGCAUCACGACCAUCGACAGUGCCACCUUUACCAGCGUGUCGGCGCUGCAGCUGCUCAACCUGGACUCAAACCGUCUGACCACCAUGACGCACGGACACAUCGUCCCGCUGAUGGACAAUCUGGUGAACAACAGCGCGCUACUGUCGCUGCGUGAUAACCGAUUCAUCUGCGACUGUAGGCUCUCGUGGAUGUACGACCUGAGCGAACGUACACGUAACGAGGAGCUGCGCGAAAGUCUCAAAGGAAUCGACUGCAUUCUCGGACAGACGCCCGAGGAACCGACCCGCUCAUCACUGGCCAGCGCGUACGACUUUGGGCAGCUGGACGAGAACGGUGAAUACAUCGACGAUUCCGCCAGCGAGAAUGAUGCACUCGCCAAGGAGCCUCCCCAGACCGUCAACGUACUGAAGCUGGGCCGCGAAGAGUUACCCUGCCCGGAGGAGCUGGCCGGACCGACCGGUGAUCCGAACCCGCGCGAAUCCAAAGGUUUGUUCAAUCUGUCCUGGAACAGCUCGGCAGCCGGUGACCGAUAUAGGGGCAGCAUCAGCAGCAGUAGUAGGGUCCUGAUUGCGAUAGUGUGCGUCGGGCUCGGUGUAGUGCGUAGAGCUCUUAGCUGUUAAGUGCUAGGAAAGUGGUAACUUAUUUUCGUAGCGUGAGGGGUACGUGUUUUCUUUUGCUCGUUUGGGUAUCUUUUUUUUUGUUGGUCAUCCAAUUUUGGAUGACUCCACUUUCGCGUCGAGCAACAUUGAUUCCUUCAGCCUUUACUGAAACGCUUUCACUCUCCACACAUCCUGCUCACGUAAUGCGGCCCCAUUCACUUCUGAGUACAUUUUUUGAACAAAAAACCAUUCAUCCCCCAUUCAUGCACACACACACUCACAAACCGUGGAGAGCGGAAGCGGAAACACCCUUCACCGUGAAUGUAAUAUAUAGUGAAAGUGAGGGUCAAUUUUUGCCAACCUAUUUCGUAGCGUUUAGCAGAACACGAUAGAUAAGUAGCGUAUCGGUCGUUGGAGGGAACGGAAUGGAUGUGUUUUACUUUCGGUUUAAACUUUUGUGGUAGAUGCUAGCAACGGUGGUGAUCGCCAACGUGCGCCAAACUUCUGCUCACGAUCAAUCAUGCACACAUUACAACACGAUGCGCCUCAUUUGUUGCAUUUUUUCCGUCACAAUCGUAAAUUCUUUUCCCCUAUCCAUAAGACACACUGUGGAAUGAGCGAUUUUGCAGUAUCCACUCCUGCUCGGUGGACACAGUGGGCGAACUUUGUGUUCGUGCUGUAGAGUGAAGCAGAAGAGCAGAACAAGAGUAACAUUUUUUUUCAUUUUUAUAAUAAAACAAAACAACAAAUCAGAAAACAUAUAAAUAGGUCAUAAGAUAGAGAGGAAAACACUGGAAGACGGAACCCUUUGCAACUGAUACGAUAUAAGAAAUAAGAGACGAGUAAAAACACACACGGAGGAGGAAAACAGAAAAGAAAAUAAAAGUAACGAAAAAAGAACGGAUAAAACAACCAAGUCAAUAAAACAUGAAAAACAAACCAAAAGACAGUGACAACCACAGUUUGCAGCAUUGACACGUCUCGUAAAAUGGAACUGUACACCAAUAAGAUAGUGAAGCAGCUGGGUGUAGUAGAAGGUGCAAGAAGCGCAUUUAAGAAACCAACAAGCCACACUGUAAAAGCCGCGUGUCGUCGCAAUGUGAAUAAAGUGCAGCAGCAGGUGAG